AUGAUUCAGUAUCAGUCACACGGGCGGCUGCUCGCUUUCACCAUUCUUCAAGGUCUCAUCCCCACUGUUGUCCUGAUCACAACACCUACACACUCUCCUCUACGUUACCUGUCUAUACCAUGUAUGAUAUGGAUCGUGCUCCAGGUGAUGUAUCCCACUCAAAACCCAGGCUACACAUCGACCAACCUGAUCGGAAAUUCUUCAAUCUUCGUCUUGACAGCUCUGGACCUGCUCCUGAUCCACCCUCAAGCCGGGCGCGACUUUGUCGACACCGAAGGAGACAAGAAGUUUUUAUCCCGUCUAUUCCAGGCUUUCAAAUUACUCACAUACACGCGGGCAAUCAACACACCUCGUCAAGCGAAGAAUGUCCCACCAUUCCCAAAUUACUAUACCAAGAGAGAUCCCAAGGUGAUCCCGCGAGAUCGAUUCUUGGUUAGAGAGACCGCUAUUGCUAUCUGGCAAUUUAUAACGCUCGAUACACUCAUCCAUUUCCUCGGGCCCCCAGGGAAUUUCCCCGGACAAAAAUGGAGAGAACAGUUGUUUCAGACUCUCAUGGCUUGGUUCGUUGUGUCUCGAAUCGUGAUCAGCUUUUACUACCGCGUCGCUUCGAUCGUCUCCGUGAGCCUGGGUGAUUCUCCCUCGAACAGCCCGCCGAUCAUAGGGAGAAUGGCAGAUAUGUAUACACUUCGAAACUUUUGGGGAAAAUUCUGGCAUCAAAUGCUACGACUGCCCCUCACGUCGACUAGCAAUUUUCUCGCCCGCGAUGUCCUCGGUCUGCCUCGAUCGUCGUUGGAACGAUACGUCAACGUUUUCAUCGUGUUCUUCCUUUCCGGCUUAGUCCACGUAGUAAUCGAUAGUGUGCGGAACGUGUCACCAAAGGAACUUGGGACUAUGUCCUUUUUUCUCUCUUUCGUUGUCGGCUAUAUGAUUGAAGAUGGUGUUCUGGCUCUCUGGAAACGAACACGGGGCUCCCAGAAUAAUGGCUUACCGGCCUGGUGGCAAAGGGCCCUUGGCUUUUGUUGGGUUAUCACAUGGCUGGGGAUUACGUCGCCUUGGUUCUUUAGGUUGGCGAUGCAAAAGCCGGAGGAACAGAUGGUUUUGGUUCCGUUCAGUGUUGCUGGGUUUAUUAGCCUUCCCGUGCUGAAGAGUGUAGUUAUCGGUGGUGGUCUUGUGUUGAAGAUUGUAUUCGAGGGAGAGAUUUGA